AUGGGCUGCAAGCGUAAUCGAAUUAAUGAUUAUGGAACAUUUUGUCAUAAUGAUUACUUGAACUUGUCAAAAAAGUACCCAUAUUUAUAUAAACACUUCUCAAAUGAUAAAUUUAGACGUUUUGAAUACAUUCAUGAGGAUUCCACUUAUCACAUAUCCAAAGCUUCCCUUAUAGAAUUCUAUGGAAUCCACCUAAAACUACCCUGCGUUUGUCCCAUUAUUGUACAUCUUAAUGAUUCGACUACAGAAUCUAAUCAGGAAGUUAUUUGGAACCCUAAACUAGUCUCCAAAUGUGAUGUACCGAUUAUUUCAAAUGAGGACGAUUAUACAUCUAAAAUUGUCAUCGCACCUAAUCGCUAUUUAUCCCCGUGUAUACCCGGCCGCAAACUUUACUUGGAUACAAUCAAUUCAUUGUUAGGCCCAAGCUCAGAUCAUAAAAUAUAUAAUAAUAAUGUUAAAGUGCUUGACGUUGGAACUGGUGCUUCUGUUAUAUACCCAUUAUUAGGUUGUUGUGAAUACGGGUGGAAUUUUGUUGCAACUGAUAUUUGUGACGAUGCUCUAAAUAUCGCCAGGCAUAAUGUUUAUAUCAAUAAAUUAGAAUCCAAAAUUGUGCUCCGGAAGCAAAACAACCCUUUCAAUAUGUACAACGGUGUUAUCGAUAAUUAUGAGUUCUACCACUUCACAAUUUGCAAUCCACCAUUUUACAGUUCAUACGACGAUAGGAGAAAUAAUUUUAAAACUCAUAAGAUGGGAAAUACAAGAGAACUCAUAUUCAAUAUACCUCACAAUUGCACUUUGAAAUUAUCACAGAAAUAUCGGAAUGCAGACGACAUAUGCCAUGUAAAUUAUGGUGACUACAUAAUUUACCCUAGUGGAAAUGACGACUUAAACAAUUCACUUGAUGAAACGACAAGUUUCAAAAGAAAUCGCAUUUGCGGAGAAUUGGCAUUUAUUACAUUAAUGUUAAUAGAGAGUCGAUUUUAUUGCAAUAAUGCACUUUGGUUCACCAGUUUAAUUUCAAAAAAGAUAAACCUCAAAAAAUUGAAACAAAUGAUUAACAAUGAGAUGGCGCGAUAUUACUGCCAAGAAUUGACUUUUCAAAAUAUGCAAAACACGUAUCUAGAUUAUUGGUGCAAGAGAAUCAGAGGGAAUUACAUUAAAGAUAUAAAUUAUGCACAAAUUGAAUGUAAGAUGAGCUAUUUUAAGGUUAGGGAGAUACGUAUUUUCGAGAUAAAGCCAGGGACAAUUUCAAGGUGGAUUCUAUGCUGGACUUUUUACACCUCCGAACAAAGGGAUAGGAUAUUAAAAUCCCUUAAUGUACAUUAA